UGACCACUCAGCGACGGAAUCCUGAGUCUGAGAUACUGAAAUGUUUGUGCAGGAUAGCCCGCGAACGACAUCAGCCGGAGUGGCGAGGGAUGAGACGACAUCCGCCGUAGCAGUAUAGUUUGGCGAAAGCAGAGGCCCUCAACGUGACGGAGACUCUGGCCUUGAGAACAGGUGUUUCCACUCACACAACACCACGCCUUGGCUCCCGAAUACUACCUAGGUAGGUACCUUCUGGACAGCACUGGCAGAGACUGGUGAAAUGGGCGAUGCCGAUGUUGAGCGGGCCGCACGGCCUACCGCAGAUUCCUCCGCAACGAACUUGGCAAAGCUCCUCUUCUGAUGGGACACUCACAAAUCGGAAGCGCUUGUAUCGUCGCCAAAUCGCGAUGUAACUGUGCCUCAGCUAGGUACAAAAGCAGAGAGAGUUACGCUUCCUACCUUGUGCUGGAACUCGUUUUUCGUAGUGGGCAUCCAGAGAAGAGAAGCCUCGGCUCAUGGCCAGCAACCAAGCACGACUCGGGGACAUCGCGAUCUGCACCACAAAUUCCCACUUUUCUCCACGAUCCAGGGAACAUACCGACUCCAAGAUACUACUGCUACACCACCACAGUCUUCCCAAGACAUCCUCCCUUGAACCCUUCUAUUUCUCCAGACUGACCGCGUCGCUUGUGACCAAGGGACCGCUUUCAGACAUGGCCAAUCGCGAGAAAACACCGGUAGCGCAUGCGGCCAACACCCACGCGAGCGGGGGCCGAGGGACCCGACAACAUCCAAUGUUGUCUCAAAGAUUGUCAGCCCCAGACAUUCGUAUGUCGUAUUCCGCAAGGAAGCGAUCGUGUUGACCGAAGAUAUCUUGGGGAAUUCAUGCCAUGCGUGUCUAAACCCUUGACUGGAGUGAUACGCAGGUUGGCUUUGUUGUCCUGAUCGGUCAUCUAUUUCUGUCUUAUUUAUCUCUGUGGGAGGCAUGUCGAAUUUCAUGAUACUGCCGAACAUUUGAGUUCCGUUCUGCAACCGGCCAGCCGAUAUCAUACAUUCAUCAGUCCUGUUCCUGUUCAACAAUCGAGAUGGGAGUCGACAUGCCACGACCACUCCUGCUCCUGCUAACUGCAGCGGUGCAAGGCAUGGCAUUGGUCUCUGCUCCUUUACCUUGCACGGCGAACCUCAGUCUUACAAAGGCUUUCAUCUACAUGGCCGUUCUCAACCUGGUACUAUGGUUUGUGUACAUUGUGGCCAUUUAUCCCAACUUUAUCACUCCACUUCGGCAUCUCCCAACUCCAAAGGGCGCAAACCCCAUCUUCGGUCACGUCAGAUCCCAAUUCACCUCGCCGCGCGGCGAAGACUACCGCAGAUUCAUCCAGGAGAUCCCCAACGAUGGAAUCAUCCGACUCAAAGGCGUGUUCAACAGCGACACUAUUCUCUUGACCAACUUCAAGGGCCUGGCCGAGGUGCUGGUCACACGACCUUAUGAUUUCCCCAAACCCGAACCCAACCGGGAAGCGUUGCGGCUCACGAUCGGCGAUGGUCUCGUGACCACCGAAGGCGCACAGCACAAACAGCAGCGGAAACACAGUCUUCCGAGUUUUGGGUUUCGGCAAAUCAAAGGGUUGUAUCCACUGUACUGGGAGAAAGCGGUGAAAAUGACCCGAUGUAUUGGGGCCGAGGUGUUUGGCAAAGUUUCAAGUAAGGGCGACACAGAAAAGUCAGACAAGCAAACCGGCAUCACAGAUAUUGAGUACUGGGCCCCCAAAGCGACGUUGGAUAUCAUCGGCGUGGCCGGUCUAGGUCGCGACUUCAACACGCUCGAAAACUCGGACGACAAGAUUGUACAUUUGUACGAACGUCUUCUUACUCCCACGACAGAAAUGCAGGUCUUGAUUGGACUGUAUGUUUUGUUUGGAGGGCUAGUGGCCAAUAUACUGUAUCCGACGGCGGCGCGACGACUUGCCAAAACAACGGCGGAAUUGCGAUCUCUGUCCGAGCAGUUUGUGAGGGAGAAGAGGGAGCGGCUGGAGAAGAGUGAGGCUGAUGGUAUUGAGUCGGUCGACACGCUGGCCCAUUUGAUGAAAACCGGUGUUUUCUCUGACCAGGAACUGGUUGAUCAAUUAUUGACCAUUAUUGCUGCCGGACACGAAACCACCUCGUCAGCAUUCACAUGGGCAAUCUACCUCCUCAGCACGCACCAAGACAUCCAGACCCGGUUACAAGAGGAACUUUACGCCUCUUUACCACCAGAGUACCUCCAACGCACCUCACCAAACUCACCAAAAUCCACACCCUCUGAUCCCAACUCUGUCGACCUCGCAACCCUUCUCGAAUCCCUCCCCCUCCUCAACGGCGUAUGCAACGAAACCCUCCGCGUCUACCCCACCGUCCCCGUCACCGUGCGCAAAGCCGAACGUACGACCACAUUACUCUCUGGCAGCGUAACUAUCCCCGCCAACACCCGCAUUUUUAUUAGUCCCUGGGCCACGAAUAAAAGUGUUGAAAUCUGGGGUGCCGACGCCGAGGAAUUCAAACCUGAACGAUGGAUUGAUCCCGCCACAAAUAAACCCAAGUUGACGGGCGGGGCGGAUUCGAAUUAUGCGUUUUUGACUUUCCUGCAUGGGCCGAGGAGUUGUAUUGGGCAGAAUUUUGCGAGGUCGGAAUUGAGGUGUCUUGUGGCGGCGUUUGUGGCGGCUUUUGAAUUCGAGUUGGCAAUGCCAGAGGAAGAGAUUGUGCCGGCGGGGAUGGUUACGACGAAGCCGAGGGAUGGGUUGAGGGUUAGGAUAAGGAGGGUGCAAAGGGAUUGAUACGGCUAUACGGGGGAUGGUGAGUGGUUACUGGUAGCUUGGUAGUAGGUAGUACCUAGUAGGUAGACGGAGUUGAGUGGUAGUAUCACUUUUGUUGCAACUGCGGCUACUAUUGCUACUGCUGAAAGAGGGCAGGCCGAGCUGGGUGAUAGGUAUCAUGUACCAGUGUAAGUUGCAGGGAUUGGAUAUUCCAUGCCAUCAGCCCCAAUCAAACUUAUAUGGCUUGAGCAGGAUAAUGUAGGUAGUUCUUCAUCGAGGGGUCAAUAAAGGAGUGAUGUGAACCUAUCUGUGUUCUUUCGGGCAAAUAUUACUGAUUACUUUGACUGGCACACUGGCAAUGGCCCUUGAGUCGAAUU